AUGUUGUCUCUUUUAUCCCCCAUUACAAUUCUUUUAUACACAGGGUAUAAAGAUAUUUUCCUUCUCUUUGUUAUUAUAAUUUCUUUCUUUUCUUUAUCUUUCUUUUUAUCAUUUUCGUCCUUCCGUUCUCUUCCACUUAUCCUCCUUUCCUUCUUUUUCUUUUCAUUUUCAUCCUUUUCUUCACAUUCUUAUCAUUAUUCACCCUUUCCUUCUUAUCAUUUCACACUUUCCUUACUUUUCUUUUCAUUUUCAUCCUUUUCUUCACUUACUUAUCAUUAUUCACCCUUUCCUUCGAUUUCUUAUCAUUUUACUCUUUCGCUCCUUUUCAUAUCAUUUUCACACUUUUCUUCUUCUUCUUUUUUUUUUUUUUUGACUUAUUAUCAUCUUUUCCGGUCCCUUCUCUUUCUCAUCAUUUAUCAUAUUUUCAGUGUCUUUCUUAUUUUCAUUUAUUAUCCUUUCCUUCUAUACCUUAUCAUUUUUUAUUAUUCCAUUCCCUUCCUUAUUAACGCUUUAACCAUUUCUUUCUUUUAUUUAUCAUGUGUUAUCCUGUCUUUAUUAUCAUUUUCUUACUUUCCUUCUCCUAUUAUUGCAAUUUAUCAUCCGUUCCACAUAUCUCUUUAUUGUCCUCCUUUAUUUUACAUCCGUUUUCGACCGUUUUUAUUCACAAUCUCAUUCACCAUCCUUUCCUUCCCAUUUGACUUAAUUUCAUUUUCUUUGUUUCCCAUUCUCAUCUUUCUGCAUCGUUACAUUUUUCGCCAAAAACUAGCUAUCUACAUUUUCCAUUCUUCUUUCUUAUUUUUAAUACUUCCGUCCGUAAUUUUCCCUUCAGGAACUUUCCUACGUUCUUAUUUACCCACGUUCUUUAUUUCUUUCAUAUUUCCGAUACCACAUUCUUUUUUUUUCUCUUUAUCGUCAUUAACUUUCAUGCACGGAUCCCUUCAGGAGACAGCCCCACGCCCUGAAGGCUCACCGUCAUGCCUCCUCUGUCUCACGACUUCUGAGAAUUAA